CUCCUACAUGGGAAACGGUCGUGAAGCAUGUUACAAAAAGACGCUUGCAUGAGGCUGGGCACGUCAUCAAUGCAUUCGAAAUCCAAAAGUCGUGGACUGCAGCGGACCUCAUCCGCGAAGUCCGAAGUGCACUAGUGGAAAAAAUUCCAGCGGAUGUGAGUAUUGAAUUAUUGAUGCCGUGUGGAAACAAGCUUGUGCCUCCAUCACUCCAACAUGGUACGGAGCUGAGUGGAUUUAUGGUCCACAGAGUUUGUCGCUCAAAGACCAUAUAUAUAAGGCCAUCAAGAUCCCUUCAGGUCGACAUAGAUUCAGAUGGCAGUUCUACAGAACACAGUAACAGGUGUGAAAGGACCAGGAGAACCCGAGCCAGAGUUGCUGAUGGGAAUGCUACGACUGAAGAGGAACCUCUCAGCGAAAGUGACAGUGUUGUGGUGUUAAAUGAUGACACCACAACACUUCUCAGAUCUGAUCCAGUACUUCCCAGACCUGAUCCAGUACUUCCCAGACCUGAUCCAGUACUUCCAAGACCUGAUCCACCGAAUCACGCACCACAUGAUGACAGUUAUGGGGCAUACUUAGCCAUCUUACCUUCAAGUGCUACGACCCCUUCUGAUGAUGAAGACUUGCAGCAGGGAAUUCUUGCAAGUCUUGAAAGUCAAAAACUAUUGGAACAAAAGAACACAAAAUCUGCACAGGAAGUGCUCCUCGAUCUUCAAUCUCAAAUUGACACCACCAAAAGUUGCAGGUUCAAUUUAAACAGGUCCUGUGUGCUCGAUGGUGCACUUAGGGGAUUCAAGAGACUUUCAUAUAGCCCUCAGUAUCAGAUGACCAUCAAAUUUUCUGACGACAUGGGAGUAAAUGAGGAAGCAGUGGAUUUAGGUGGUCCCAGAAGAGAGUUCCUUAGGCUGUUGAUGGAAGCUCUGGCAAACUCGAGCAUGUUUGAAGGGAGAAAUGGAAAACUCAACCUUGCCUUGGACAGUUUGGCGUUACGCGAGGACCACAACUUCAUUGCUGGCCGGGCUAUUGCCGUUAGUCUAGUUCAUGGCGGGCCUCCACCAGGAUUCAUUUCAGGCACAUUAUACUCCCUUCUGGUGGAGCCUGGUGAAGUCAGUCCUGUUUUAGAGGAUAUCACGGAUUCAGACCUCCAUGAAAAACUUAAGAAGGUGUCCAGAUGUGCCUCUUUAACUGAUCUGUUAACCGCCAUUGAACCAAUGCAAGAUUAUCUUGCAAAUGCUGGGUGUCUCAGGCAGCUCAAAUCCAUUGAAGAACGUGAUGUGUUUCUGGAAGACAUACUAAUGUUCCAGGUGGUCCAUAGGGUCAACAGAGCCUUUGAAAGAUUCAAGGAGGGAAUGAAAACCCUUGGCGUGCUUGAUGCCUUGAGAAUGCACCCAGACAAUUUUAGGCACUUAAUGUGCUUUGAGCCAGCCAUUUUAUCAGCCGAGUUAUUAGAAAAUCUUUUUGAAGUCCGGAAGUCUGGAGAGGGAACCAACGACUGCUAG